GAGGUGAGACGCGGUCGGCCAGGAGGAGCUCGGCCCAACCUGGAAUGCACGAACUUUGGCGCGACACGCUCGCGACCGAGUGUGCGUGUAGUGGAAAAGUAAGAUGGCGGCGGACGGUGAUACCGUGAUCCCCGACCAGGAAAAAGUCCGAAUAGUCUCGGAUUUUAUCCUCCACUCACCCCCGGGCGAGUUCAACGAGGUCUUCAACGAUGUGAGAGUCCUGCUGAACAACGAUAACUUGUUGAAGGAGGGCGCAUCGGGGGCAUUCGCCCAAUACAACAAGGACCAGCUCACGCCUGUUAAGAUAGAGGGAAGCGAAUACCCAGCCCUUAUAACGGAGCAUAACGACCUAGGAAAUCAACUAUUUUACGAUGGUCGUAGCAAGCAAAGCUUUAAGUACGACCACCUUAGAAAGGAGGCGCAAGACUACGAGCCGUACGAACCGGAUCCAACAGCCGAACCGUGGAGAUCCGCCCUUCAAGACGAGAUAACUACGUAUACCCAAAGUCAUUACAGACACGGGGCUUGUUCCGUUUUUGGAAAGAGUCAAGGUGGCAAUAUCACCCUGGUUGCGUGCAUAGAGGACCAUCAAUUCCAACCGAAAAACUUCUGGAAUGGGCGUUGGCGCUCCGUUUGGACGGUAAGUUUUAGUGCGAGUUCCAGCACCGCGGAGCUAAGGGGUAGUCUAAAGGUACAAGUUCAUUACUACGAAGACGGAAACGUCCAACUGGUUAGCAGUAAAGAGGUAAAGGAAAGUUUGCCGAUAUCCACCGAAAAGCAAACCGCCAAGGAUAUUAUCCGACUUGUGGAGGAGUCCGAGAAUGACUAUCAAACUGCAAUCUCGGAAAACUAUCAGACGAUGUCGGACACUACCUUCAAGGCUCUUCGAAGGCAGCUGCCCGUUAUGCGAACAAAAAUUGACUGGAACAAAAUUGUAUCGUACAGUAUUGGCAAAGAGCUUAAGAGUCAAUAGAAAUAGAUUUUUUAUAUAUUAUUAAGAGAAUUAAUUAAAUGAAAAGCGCAUUUUUGCUGCACGAGUGAAGUCUGGAGAUGUGUCGUGCGUGGGGGCAAAUGUAUAACAGUGCUAGAAAUAAAAUCUUUAAAUAAAAGUUCUUGCAUGUACGUCAGUACCAUGCUAGAUUCACCUUGGAUCAGGCCAUAUUCAUGAAGUAGCUGGGCAAAUGACGAAUCAUGUUGAUGGAAAAGAAAGAAACAACUUUUACAUUGUCGAAUAACGGAACGAACGAUUGUUCCCUUGAAGGAAUCGUUUCUCUGAGACCUAGUUUCAAUACAGCUCGAAACUCGCCGAUGACUUUACUAUUACAACGGAGACUCGGGGCAAAUUAUAUUUUGUGAACGGCCACAUCUGGCAUGUGGCCAUAUCGUGUCCGCCCCUUGGAACCCUGUUAAAAACUGAUCACGUUUCCAACGGACUGCGCCUUGAUUUCGAAACUCGCGAACACCGUCGACCGAAACAUCUGUAUAAAGUAUUUGGUAGCUUCUCGUAUCGUUGAAACACAGAAGCAUGCCAGAGCACUGCGAUGCACUGUACAUCUUGCAUUUAUACGAUUCCGAUGUGACAUCACGAACGUGAUCCGUUAUUUUUAUCAAACUUUACAUUAUACAAAUUAUAAAUAAAUAAUCUACACAUUUGUCGAGCACUAGUAGUACUAUCGACUACCAUGAGGUAACUUAUGAAAGUUGAUCGGAGGGAGGUAGAGCAACGUUUUCACUUAUGGGGAAGAACAAAAUCAAUUUAGCGGCGAGAUAUAUAUGGAUGAUUUGUGCCAAGCAGACAUGUGGAAUAUUUUGGUGCUACGCUUACCACGCAUUACACGGCCAGACACUUACGCGGAAACGAAAACUAUACAAAAGUACAUAAUACUUUGUACAUUACAGAAUGUAGCCUAUAGCCUGCUGGAGCCUUAAUCUGUUCACAUUUUGCGUUGAGAGGGUAUCAUGUACAUAUGUUAUUUGAAUGAAUGAAUACGAACAAAGCACCAGCAUUCACAAACUCACCCCGAGGUUCGAAACGCGCGUGUAAUAUUAUUCGUGAAUUGUAAUUUACAUCGUGAUGUUAAAUGUACAAUUUUUGAGACAUGUUAAUAAUCUAUAUAUACAUUUCAACAUUAUACUAGCAAAGUUUUGAAAUUGUGGAUGUUUUUCACAUUUGUACUCAAUUUCUUAUUUCUUUUUUCUCUUUUUCGUGCCAUCGUUGCAUUUGAUUUAGCUCAAACAAAUUCAGGUUUCGAGUGGAAAGGAGAAACGUUAAUUUGCAUUAUCGAUGUGAAUUACAAGCACAGGGUUGAAGUUUCGAAUCGUCUCAAACUUUACGGAAAAUAGUUGCCUACUUUAAAUGAAUAAUAAGAUUAGGUAUUAACUACAAUUGAGUGUAUCUUAAAAUAAGCAACGCAUUUCCUUGUGUAAAAAAAAAUAAACAGAAUAUGUUUAUCAGUUAAAUUAUGUAUUAUUAAAUGUUAUUAUUGAGUAAAUAAAAUAAUAUGAUGCAUCCCA